UGCUAUUCACAUUUCACAACGCCUAGCCUACGUACGUGUACCGUGCAGUUAGCGUGUAACUUUACUUUCGUUCGACUUCCGUGAUGUUUGGGCAAUUCCGGAUGGUUAUUUCACUGCUUCAAGCGGAAGAUCUAGGGAUAUAUGUGAGCUGAGCGUUUGGUGCUGAUGUGUCCAGUCCAGAAACGGAAGCUUGAAAUCAGAGGGUUGACGUUAACCUAUAAAGCGGUUCAACCAGUACCCACCCUGGCAUUCAGUCGCUGGAAAUCGGUGUUCGAAGCUGAUGGUUGCUCUGUGAGAGUUUCUGCUUGAACUCGUGAGAUUUAUAAAGAAAAGGGAACAAGUCUACGAUCUACUGGAUUAUUGUAGCUGUGUUACUUUUUUUGGAAAACUAGAAAUUACUAGUUGAAUUUGGAGAAGCCAUGGAUCCGCACAUGUACAAGCUGCCUGAUGGCAAGUAUGCCGACGGAUCGUGGGAGCUGAACAUUUACGUGACAAAUCUGGAGCUUGAGAAACAGAUUCGUGUCACGGGGGAUCUACACAUCGGCGGCGUCAUGCUCAAACUUGUGGAGUCCCUUGAUUUGAAGGAGCAGAGAGAUUGGUCAGAUCACGCCAUUUGGUGGUCAGAGAAGAACCAAUGGCUGAAGCGGACUGGUUCCACACUGGACCAGUGCCAUGUCCAGGCCGAUGCCAAGCUGCAGUUCACACCCAUGCACAAGACUUUACGAGUCCAGAUGCCAGACAUGCAGCUGGUGGACAUCAGAGUGGAUUUCUCAUCGAAUGUCUUCUCGUCUGUGAUAGAGCUCUCUAAAGAAGUCGGCAUCCGACAUCCAGAAGAACUCUCCUUCCUCAAGAAACCAAAUGCCCGUGCCUUAAACGUUAAGCAGCGAAGCAAUGGCCGGAAGAAGAAAGACCGGGACCGAGACUCGAUGGCGUCCAGCAACAGCAAUGAGGCGGCGUCCACGGGGAGCCUGGACGGCAUCCCCCCACACACCCCGACCCGCAGGCCCUCCCCGGGGUUCAACCGGUCAGUCAACUCCACGCCGGGCCACAAUGGCAACACCACCCUCUUCUCCAUCCACAGCUCAGGGUCCAACUUCAGCGACAGCUUUGAGAACUUGAACAUGUCGUUGCUGAACAGUCCGCAAACCCCAAGCAAGGAGGCGCGGGAGGGGCUGAUCAAGCCCAACAACUACCGGGAGAAAGCCUGGAUCAACUCUGGAUGGCUAGACUCGUCCAAGUCCCUCAUGGAGCAAGGAAUCCAAGAGAACGACACCUUGAUGCUACGCUUCAAGUAUUUUGCCUUCUACGACCUGGAUCCCAAACAGGACGGUGUCCGGAUCAACCAGAUCUACGAACAGGCCAAGUGGGGGCUGCUGAACGAGGAGAUUGAUUGUACAGAGGAGGAGAUGAUCAUGUUUGCUGCGUUACAGAUGCAAGUGAAUCUACAGGCCCAGAUGCCACAGCCUGACCCCGACGCGCCAACAGAGGGCCAGGAUGAUAUCGACAAAGCACUGACCAACCUGCAGGACUCGCUAGAAGGAACUUCAAUCACCACAGGACAGAGUGACAUCACGUCAGUUCCUGAAUUGUGUGACAACCUUCGCUUCUUCAGGCCAAAGAAACUGACAUUGAAGGGCUACAAGCGAGGCUACUUCGUCUUCAGAGACACCCAUCUGACGCAGUACAAGGCACAAGAAGAUAACCACGGAGCGCCCGUACAAACACUCAACCUCAAUGGUUGCGAGGUGUCACAUGAAGUCAGCAUACCCAACGACAGAUACGGCAUCAAGCUGCUGAUCAAGGCACCCGAGGGGCCCAUGGAACUGUGGCUGCGAUGUGAAUCGGAGGAGCAAUAUGCUAAGUGGAUGGCAGCUUGCCGGCUAGCCUCUAAAAACAAGACAAUGGCCGACAGCAGCUACCAAGCAGAGGUCCAAGGCAUCCAGGCUUUCCUGGGCAUGCAGCGCAGCAAGAAGACGUCCAAUCCUUCCAUCAACACAGAGAACGUGGACAUACAAGUGGAGGACUACGUGUCACCUAGGUUCCUCAAGAAACACAAACCCAAGCAGGUUGCUGCUCGCAUUCUCGAUGCCCACACCAGCGUCAAAAACAUGAAGUUGAUGGAAGCCAAGUAUAAUUACAUCAAGGCCUGGCAGGCGCUACCGGAAUACGGCGUCACUUACUUUGUGGUCAAGUUUAGGAACAGCAGCAAGAAAGAGGAGCUGAUCGGCAUAGCCUACAACCGGCUGAUCAAGAUGGACAUCAACAGCGGCGACUCACAGAAGAUGUGGCGCUACAGCACCAUGAAGACCUGGCACGUCAACUGGGAAGUCAAGGAAGUCUUAGUCCAAAUGGAAGACGAGAACAUCCAGUUCUCCUGCUCCUCGGCUGACUGCAAAGUCGUCCACGAGUUCAUCGGUGGAUACAUCUUCCUCUCCAUGCGAUCGCUGGACGCUAACCAGACCUUGAACAAGGAGAUGUUUCACAAGCUUACCGGCGGAUGGGUUUGAAGAUUUCCAUCACCGCGAUCGCUACUUUGUAUAAAACUUUCAUCCGUAUCAUCAGCUUCUACAUUUCUCGGGGAUGGAGAAUUUUUUUUUUUUGCAAUUGACGUAAACACACUGCACUGCUAUCUUAAGUGGACACAUUUUUUAACAUUGCCUUGAUGCGAGUUAAUUUUUUUAAUUCGCAAACCAGUGAAUUAGUUUGGAGAUUUGGUUUGUAAAAUGGAGGAUAAAUGCAUUGGCAGGAAAUAGUGCUGCGCGAACCAUGGUUUUGGUCUUUAAAAGUGACUUGGUUGUGAACUCCAUGGAACAAGUGCGACAUCGGACAUGGGAGGCGUCGACCGUGAAGAUUUACAAAACCUUGGAAACGUUGGCAUAGUGAAGAAGCAAAUGAACCGAAUCAUGGAUGUCAUGCAAAGAAGGGGGAAAAAAAAGACUUUGAAAAUGAUCUUUUGGACUACGUUUCAGACAGGCCUUAAUUAGAACAGAGAACAAGCCUCGAUGUUAGCUGAAGAAAUAUUGGAGACUGUUGUGAUGACAGCAUCACAGAUUUGACUGGCUGAGCGAAGCUCACAUUUUACCAAACCGCAGAUGACGAAGCUACGAUACAACCAAGCAGAGACGAGCGGCUUCUGUAUAUAAAUCUAUAAAUAGUGUAUCCCUUUUAACAACAGUUUGAAACUAGUUUUAUGAAUUUUUAAUGAAUAAAUACCUUUAUUGAUAUCGGCACCUGGCAUGGUGAGGAAAGUAGAGUGGAGAAUAAGAAGUCGCUGCCUUUCCCUGGUUUACGUUCAGAGACAAAGCUGCUGUAUAUAUAUAGCCAGAGUAAUAGGAAAAAAGUGUGCAUGCCAGUGACCUCAUUAAUAUUGAAAUAUAUGUGCAUAUUUUUACAUAUUAAAUCAGUUGCUCUUCUUUGCUGUUCUUUUUCCAGUUAGUAUUUUUCACAUAAUGAGGUUGUAGCUUCUGUGCUAUAUUUUCAUUUUCCAACAAUUUUCAGAUUGUAAUGCUUACAUACGGAGCUUAUAUUUAGAUUAAGUAGACUAGAGAAUGAUCGUUUUUAAUGAAUCCUGUCUUUUUUUAAACCCGUGUACAAAUAUUUGUUAAUGUUUUUAUCUGCUUUUACCCAAUACAGUAGUUUAAAAUGUGGAGCGAAAUCGCACUUGUAUACACAUAUGCAAUCAUGUUAUGCUGAAAAGAAGGAAAAACAAAAUGGCUGAUUCUGCCAAGGAACAAUUUAAAAAUGGAGGUUCCCUAGUAAUCAAAUAUAUUUGGGUGAACGUCUCCAAAAUGUUACUCUAUAUUUGGUGAAUUCCCGUAAAUCGUCACGUUUUCGGUGAAAAUGAACUCGAAUUGGGUCUGAUUAACUUAUUUGCUGGUACACAACUUGACGCCUUACCCUUUUCCAAUUGGAAAUAACGACGGAUUUGUUCACCGUUACUAGGAUGCUUCCAUGCAUGAGCACUCUUUGCAAAUGCAUUCAGACUGCGUCACUAAAGGUGAGUGCAUUGGGUGAAAAAUGAGCUUUCAAACAUCCCAAUGAUGGUGGAAAGCCACUCCACUGCUCACAGAUCCAUCUGAACUGAUUCAUUUGCAUAUUUCUCUCGCAAAAUGACACGCACUCUGACACCAUUAUUCAAACUCAUGAAAUUUUGAUUGUGUAGUUGGUGUUGUACAAACUACUGAACCCUGUCUGAGAAAUGGUCAGGGAUUCUAAUCAGUGUUUCCCUUGGCCGGCACGCCAAAUGAAUUUGAAACGGUUGUCCAUUUUCUAAAUUUGCGUCUCUUGUUUCCAGGAAUUUUUUUAUUAGAUCCAACCAGAGAUGGGAUUUUUCAAUACAGAUUGGAUUGGAAAGAUUCCUUGUGUUAAUUUCUUUAAAUAUUCUUUAAAUAUUCUGAACGAGUUUUCACUUUGUCACGCUAUACCCUCAUGACCCUUGACCUUUGUUUGACAGAAAUAUUUAUUAAAAAAUGUCGCUAACCAAGCUGGUUUAUUGGCUUCUUGUCAAUAGCUGCCAGAAUUUAAAAAAAAAUAGACAUUGCAAUUAAUGUUAUAUGUAGUAAACUUCGAUUCGGAAAGAAUUCCAUGCCUGGACAUCACUUGACACCCUGUGCAAAAACCCUAUGAGACUGGUCUGAACAAUUCUAAGUGUUUUCUCAGUGAAUGCUUCAAUAUUUUCCCUGCUAAAUUUGACUUUUUAGGACAUGUUAUCGCUUUCUGAUGGCUGAUGGGUCACUGCAGGGAAAAAUUAGUGAUGUUCAUGUAUGGAAUUCUUUUUUUUCGAUUCUUCGUUGUUGUGUGUCACUUCAGUGAAUGCUACAUUGUACAUUGCAGUCUGCCAGUCUUCGAAACAUGGUUUGGAAUAACAAGUAACUAUUUUGGGACAGUAUUUUUUACAAAGGUGUUGAAAUAAUGGACACUGUAUCUCUAGUUUCUUUUCUGAAAAAGCAAGUGAAAGUCGGCAUCAGAUCACAACAGCAAAGUUAUACCCAUGUUGGCGUCAUAUCCUCGUUCAAAACAGCCGAAUAUGAUAAGGGAGGUAUAUGACCUGGGAGAUUCUCAAAUCCUCUGGACUUUCCUUAAAAAUAGCAUUGAAAUUUAAACCAGGACUUUUAAGUAUUUAUAAAAAAAAGUGCGGUUUCACUUUCAUUUUGCUUUCAUGCAAGGCCCAAGUAAUCACAGGACGAAGUAAUAUUUUAAGUUUGGCUUGACUAGGUGGUAAAAUCCUGUCCUGUAUUUUCACCAACUUUCGGUCCACCCUCAAAUUUUAUUAGAGUUUUGAUGCAUCAUUGUCGAAAAAAAAAAGGUCAAAAGUCAUGUUGCCGGCGGGUAAAAUUUGCAGGAAAUUUCUCUGACUAAUAUUCUGAUGUUUAUUCCCCGGAAAGCUUUUGGCCCAGUUUCGCAGAUAUGCUUCAACCUUUCAUUUCCCUUUUUUUUUUGGAUAACGGAAAAUCUUGUCUGGAAUGUGAGUGACUAGAUCGCCAGAUGGCUUAAAAAGAUCGCUCUGGUUUGGCGGCCAGUAAACAACUGUAAUGCGUAUGUUGGGAAGUUGUCAUUUAAUAUGCAGCAUUGAGAUAUAAUGUAUUUUGCAAUGACUGUCUUGUUUCAUAGAGGUCUCGAGUAAAUGUCUUCAAAAAUACGGCAAUUUAGUUACCAGCGGUGGGGCAAGAAAGCUUCAAUGCUUGAACUCUACAGAGUGAGUAAAAAAA